AUGUCCCUGUCUCCCAGCACUGGUGGUGGAGGUGGCCUGGAGCUGUGCUGCUGCGCCCCAUCCCCAGUGCCUCGCCUGCUGCUGUGCCCCGGCCCGGCCCUGGGCACCGGCAGCCGGCCCGAGCAGCUGCAGGUGGAGACCUCUCCGGGCCAGGCUCCGCCCCUGCACGCCAAGGCCGAGCAGCACCUCAUGUGCGAGGAGCAUGAGGACGAGCGGAUCAACAUCUACUGCCUGCGCUGCGAGGCGCCCACCUGCUCCCUCUGCAAGGUCUUCGGGGCACACAAGGACUGCGAGGUCGCGCCGCUGCCUGCUGUCUACCAGCGCCAGAAGAGCGAGCUCAGCGACGGCAUUGCCAUGCUGGUGGCGGGGAACGACCGCAUCCAGGCUAUCAUUACCCAGAUGGAGGAGAUCUGCCGCACCAUCGAGGACAAUGGCCGGCGGCAGAAGCAGCACCUGGGGCUGCGCUUCGACUCACUGUACAGUAUCCUGGAGGAGCGGAAGAAGGAGCUGCUGCAGAGCAUCGCGCGGGAGCAGGAGGCAAAGGUGCAGCGCGUGCGGGGCCUCAUUCGCCAGUACGGCGACCACCUGGAGGCCUCCUCCAAGCUGGUGGAGUCGGCCAUCCAGGCCAUGGAGGAGCCCCAGAUGGCCGUGUACCUACAGGGGGGGGUCUGCCUGCCCUGCAGGAUCACGGACAUGUCCAAGGUGUCGAUGAGCAGCCGCCCAGAGCCGGGCUACGAGAACAUGGACCACUUCUCCAUCAACGUGGACUAUGUGGCAGAGAUGCUGAGGACCAUCGAGUUCCAGACAGAGCUGCUGGGCGAGGAUGAGGCAGAUGGAGGACCCGGGGACGGCAGCGAGGCCGUGGCAGAUGAGGACCGGCUGGACAGCCUGGAGGUUCCCGAAGCCAUGGAGGAUGCGGGGCCGAGGCAGAAGCCGGUGAGCUCUCCCCAUGGUCAGCACUGAGCUGGUGCCAUGGGGCAGCAUCAGCACCUGGUGGCUCAUCGCUGUCCCUUGCACCCCUCGGCGAGUUCCAGCCCUGCUGCUGUAAUUCCCAAAAUGCUGGAGCUGCCCCUCUCUGACAUUAAACCGUGUGUGACGA